UUGAAGAUAUUCAUUUAAGGCGAAGUAUUAUCAACACGGAAUCAUGGCGGAAAAAAUUGAACCAAAUCCAUCGUUAAAAGCGAUGAACGAAGCAUUAAAGAAUACUAAAUGUUUGAAAUAUUUACUUGAAUCUUCAGACAACUCUCUAGAGUUGGUAUUUCCGCAGAAAUUUGCCGAACACUUUGAAAAUUUGAACAAGAAUCUCGAAUUAUAUCAACAUCAGGAGUGCCUUGAUGGAGAUAAUUAUUCAACUAGGAAGGAAAUACUCAAUAACCUUAGUUUACUGUGGGACAUUUUCUGCACCGUUGAAUCAAAAAAGCAAGACUGUCCUUCAUUUCUGAACCUUAUCACCACACUUCGCAGCAAAGAAAGUUAUGUUUUCGAAGUUUUAUUUAAAUGCCUAAAAUGUAAUGAUCAUUUUAUUGUAUUUCAAGGCUCCAAGGUUUUGUGUAAAGUGUUCAAAUUGGUUCCAAGUUUCAUGCUGCACCUGAAAUUUGAUGAACUUGUAGAUUUGAGCGUGUCGGUUGAAAGCAAAGAAUCUGGCCUUUGGUUACCAAUAUAUAUUGCAAAAAUACUAAUGGAGAUGUUUCUUCAAAUGGACUUGAAUGAGAAUGGUUUAAUUUCAAACAAAAAUAAGUCUACCACUGAACAUUGUUCACAUGUAUGUCAGGAAGAACACAAUGAUACAGUAUCACCAAAUGAAAUUACGAGUUCUUUGUGUUUUUAUUGGUUAAAACUGACCAAUCAUAAUCUAGCCCGGCUAUUGAAUGUUUUUAAAAGUGAAUGUUUGCUAGAAAAAGAUUUAUGUUGGUCCAGAGUUGAUUCAUUUCAACAAGUUCUCACAACAAUGCUUUCAUACGGAAAAAUAUUCAUCACAUCAUUCAACUUGUGCCUGCAGUACUUGAACAAUCCAACAUGUGAAGAAUUUUCUCAGGAAACAUUUAAGAAUGAAUGUAGUCCUAUUAAUGAUGAGGACAUGGAUUUGCAGGUCAAUGACACUUUAAAACAUGGUAAGCAUCCAAGGAUUUAUCCCUCUGGGAAUUGGUGUGGCCCAAGAUUGGAUAAUGGUAACAACAUUUGUAAAAACGAAUACAAAGAUGCCGCAACAAAUGACAAAGAUUUCAAUGCAAAAGAUUGUAAAGCAGAGUUAUUAAAACAAAUUUUAGCCCAGCUCAUUGAAAUUAAUCACAAAAAGUGCUUGCUGCACUUCAGUCGCACUGUGUUUCAAUUUUUAAAUAAUGUUGUCAGUGCAGCUUCAGAACAUUACUUGGGUCAGGAGGUGAAAGGUUCUAUGCAAAAGCAAAGCCUGUUGUAUACAAGAACUUGCAGUUUUUUAGUUAAGAAUUGUUGUUCAGUGUUGGGAAAUGUGCCACAUGUCUCUGGCAGGGUUCAUUUUGGUGGAGUUGACAAUAAAGUCCAGCUGGAAACCUCUUGCAGCCUGCCCUAUGAUGAAGUUAGCCUGAGAAAGGUUUUGCUGUUGGUAGUAAAACUGAUUGUGGUUUCUUUGCAUAGCCCACAUGAUUUACCUUGGCAUGGACCUCUUGAAAGCUGGUCAAGUUUCAUCAUAAAGUUGUCUCAUUCUAAAUCACUAUCAACUGCAGUCUGGUUGAUCCGGUUGUUUUCAGAACAAGAUGAUGAACUUGUGUAUAUGUUGUUUUGCCUUCUUCAUCUCUACCAAGAACUCUUCUCUAGUGAAAGCUUACAGCAAAUUCCAUCCUGGGCAAAUCAACUUGAAGAUUUCCUCAAUCCACAUGAAUUUUUUGUGGAAUUCCUGGAAUCCAUCAACUAUGAUCAUUCCUUAUUACUGGACUUUCUCAUAUCAAAUGAAACCUCUUUUUUGCCAUACUUUCAUAAAUAUCUCAGAUAUCUUGCAAAUGAUUGGGAAGGCUUUAAAGGCUGUCUUGAACAAAGGCAGGCUUUGUCCAACAAAGAGUUGCCAGGUGUCACAGAGAUAUAUAAAGGAGAUGUUUCUUUAUGUUUUAAUACAGAACAAUUUAGUGAAAGUAGGAAGUCUCUGAGUGAUGUUGGUUGUGACGGCAAUGAUAGUUGUGAUGAUAAUAGUAAUAAUGAUUUUAUUGAUGAUAUUGGUGAUUAUAUUGGCAGUUCUGAUCAUAACGAUGGUUGUAAUACUAGCAGUAAUGGUGGCUCUGAUGAUGAUGGUUGUGAUAUUGGUGAUGAUGAUUGUAAUAUGAACGAUAACAUUGACGAUACUUGUGGUGAUGGCUGUAGUAUUAAUCAAAAUAAUUGUGAUGAUGUUGAUAUUGAUAAUACUGCUGGUGGUGAUGAUAUUGGUGAUGAUAUUGGUGAUGAUAUUGGGAUGAUAUUGGGGAUGACAGCAGCCAAUGCGGUGCAGUGUUCAGCAAAAUUAACGACUUACAAAACGCGCUGA